GCCAGGCCUCGCCCCGCCCCUUGGGCCGGCCUGUGGGGGAAGGCGUCCGCUUUCCCGGCCGCGAGCUCGGGUGCCGCUCUCGUCCGCCGCCACUCGGAGUCAUGUUGAGGAGCUGCGCAGCGCGCUUUCGCGCGCUCGGGGCCCCACGGGGCAGCGCGAGGAGGUCAUUUGCUUCUGAGAACGUUCCUGACAGGGACCAUGCUCUCCCCAACUUCAGCUGGCACAAGGACUUACGACUUCUCUUUGACCAGUUCAUGAAGAAGUGUGAAGCGGGCUCCUGGAAACGUUUGCCUUCAUACAAACGAAGUCUUCCUGAGACCGUCCAAGAUUUCCAAACCCUUUAUGUUGACCCGAAGCUUCUGAAGAAACAACCAAUUUCACAGGCCCAACUUUUCACCAGAAGCUUUGAGGACGGCCUGGGCUUUGAGUAUGUGAUGUUCUGCAAUGAUGCUGAGAAAAGAGUAGUUUGCUUUUUUCAAGGAGGUCCUCACCUGCAGGGCACACCCGGGUUCACUCAUGGUGGCGCCAUUGCAUCCAUCAUUGAUGUUACCACUGGUACAUGUGCGUUUAGAGCCGGAGGAGCUGUCAUGACUGCCAAUCUCAACAUCAAUUAUAAAAGACCUAUUCCCCUUUGUUCUGUUGUUGUGAUAAAGAGCCAACUUGAUAAAGUUGAAGGAAGGAAAUUUUUUGUUUCCUGUAAUGUUCGAAGUGUCGAUGACGAGACCUUGUACUCAGAGGCAACAAGCUUAUUUAUAAUGCUGGAUCCUAAUAAAAAACUGACUUAGAAGAGCUUCUGGUGAAUUCCACCUCAUUUUUUGUGAACUUUCCCGGCCCCCACUCCUGUUCUGCUCAUGCUGCUGAUACCCCAGGGAAGCCUGCUGACACAGACCUUCUGGAACUGCCUUCGGAGCGCCACGCCCAGAGCUCCCUUUCAACAAGAAACACCCCCGUGAGACCUUCGGCAGUUCUCUGUAUCUCCUUACCAUACCUGUGCGGGUCUCCGAAAGCUUGAAUGGGCUCCUCGGAGUUGCACAGCCAUGGCAUCCGCCGACCCACUGCAGACUGAAGGAAAAGUCUGUAUUGAAACUUGAACUUGCAAACUAGGAAACCGAACAAAGGAAUAAAUAUGUGCGGCUGUGCACACGUACACACGUGUGCCUGUGCACACUCACUGUAAGUUACAAAGCCGUCUUUGUCAUAUCCAAACAAACAAAUCUUUCUGGCAAGGAUGGGAAACACAGCUGUUUCCUCUAAGAACGGAUGCCUCAGAUCUCUUGCCUAGAGUUCCAGGGAUUAAAGCCUGCGCCGUUGUAACAGACGCUGUACUGGUGUGUUACCAGCGGCAGGGUCAGUCAUCACUGGGAGGAGCCUGAAUUGUUUUCCCAGGUGUGUAACCAGGAACCUCAAACUGCGUGACUCAAACCAACAAAACUCAUUGUCUCAUGGUUCUGGAGGCCAGAAGUCCACGAUUAAGAUGAGGCCACUCCCCUUGCAAAGGUGCGAGGGAAGUAACGGUUUCAAGGCUUCCGGUGGCCUCGCCUCCCUCGGGCCGUAGAGGCAGUACAGCCUCCCUGUUUUCACAUUGUCUUCCCUCUACGCAUGCCUGUAUCUCCUGAUUACCCUUUUUUGUGAGGACACCUGCCUAUUGAUAGAGCCCACCCGGAUUAUCCCAUUUUAAAUUUUCACUUGAUUACUUCUGUAAAGACCCUGUUUCCAAAUAAGGUCAUUAUAAAAAAAAACGCUGUAAGUUAGGACUUCACCCUUCUUGAGGUUGGGAACACAAUUCAACCUGUAUAAGUCUCAGACAAAACUAAAAAGGAGUUGGGAGAUUAAUGUUUUGAACAUAUUAUGCUUCCUGUGCAGGCAGUAGAUUCUUUGGGCUUUAGUUUCUUGCCUUUCUUCUCCCUUACUGAAAGUUUAAGCUGAACCAUAUGAAAUUGCUGUUUUCGAAAAUCAGAAUGGUUUCGCGGUGACAGUUUUCCUUUUUUUUUUCUUUUGGUACCGGGCAUCCAACUCGGGACCUUGCACUUUUGAGGCAGGCCAUGGAACCACUGACCUAAGUGCCCGGCCCCAAGGUGAGUUUUCUAUGGCUAAGCCUGUUAACUUGGGAUAGCUCUUACCUUACCAGUCAUCCUUCCACAGGCAGAGGCUCAGCUGGAGGGCCUCAGAGCCACGGGCCCCUGGCAUGGCCAAGCCUCAGAAGACCUGGGUCCUAGGAGCUGUGUCUAUGCCCACAGCAGCUCCCAAGCUGCAGGAAGGCCAAGCGCACGGGGCGCCUGCCCCACACAGGGGAGCUGUCAGGUCCUUCUCCCCGGAAACUCAGCCUGGGGAAGCGCCCAGGAGGUGGCUGGGCUCACAGUUUAUUCCCAGUCUUCCUUUCAAGUAAUCCUGAGAUGUCAGAGACAGUUUUCAUAGAAACUGGCCGUGUUUAAAAAAAAAAAAGUGAAACUGAAGGAACAAGCUACCAGUGCUGUCUAGGUUCAGGUGCCUAGGAGAGGGAGUUCAGUGAGAGCCCUUCGCCCUGUCAUUCGGCUGUCUGAGCAGGGUCGCAGAACAGUAGAGAACACCAGACCUGCACCGGGCCUAAGAACCCACUCAGAGCGCCGGGUGACCAGUUUUCCUUUUCCUGCUAAGCGCUCCGCUCCUUUGGUACCAUUUUCCCUCCUACCCACUUGCCCGGCUUCAGUGGUCGCAGUGCUUGGCCGAAUCGGGGUGUGGUGCAGGGUAUCAGUGAGAUUCCAUGGAAUCUCAAAGGAAAAGCUCAGUUGCAGUGGGCUUCCCUGCUUUGCAGCAGCCUGUCUGUAGGCUUCACCCUGGCAUCCCUGGCGGCUCUGGGUUGGAUUCUGAUGGAUACGUAAGGUGGCUGGACAGCCAGACCCGCCGCUGGCUCACUGUGGGACUUGACAGGACUGCCCGUUGCCUGUUUCUCCUUUCCGCACUGGGAGUAAGCAGCACUGUGAGUGGAGAUUAGGACUUGGUGCGGGUUAGGGUUCAGCUGUCUUUGUAUGAACAUAAUUAGGCAGUGAAGUCUUGCUUUCACUUUUACAUUUCUCAUUGUCUGAGAAGCAUGGUAAGAAAAUCAUAAACAGAAAUACAGGGUUGGAAGAAUUUUUUAAAAUGGAUUUUUUUUCUCUGAGAGGAAGAUGAAACAUAAGGAAGUCAAGUAAGACCUUUUGUGUAUGAAGGAAACUCAUUCGCCACUUCCUAUGUUCCACUGUCCAUUCCUCCUCAUCCACGCCCUUGACCUUCCGUCCUGGGGAAGUGAGGCCAAAUUAUUGUUCUGCUUAAGACCUGGCCCCUGUUGAAGCCUAGCCAGGCAUGCUUUUCGAUGCCAAGUGUUUGACAUUAUCUGAGGUAGAGAGAGGGCAGAAUUUAAGUCACUGAAAAUACGUUACGGAUUUUAUUGUCUCAGGUUUAAAUUUCUUUUAAUUUUAAAAAAUAUUUCUAUUGGUAGUCUUGGUCUAGUAAUACUAUGACAUGUUCAAAGUGACAGAAUUGGUUUCUCCUUCAUGUUAAUUGGAGAUUUUAAAUUAGGUAGUCUUCAGACAAGGAUACCACAAGGGGAAAAAAGAAAACCACAGACCAAUAUUCCUUAUGAAUUUAGGUACAGAAGUGUUUAGAAGACUACUAGGGAACUAAAUCCAACAGUACAUUUAAAAGAUUUUACACUGACCUAGGGGAAUUUAUCCCACCAGUGCCGGAGUGAUUCAACUUUAAAAAAUCAAUCGCCCAGGGCCGGGGAUUUAGCUCAGUGGUUUUGAAGCCUGCUGCGCAAGCGCAAGGACCCGAGUUUGAUCCCCAGUACCAAAAAAAAAAAAAAAAAAAUCAGUCGCCCAGAUGUGGUGCAGCCUGUAAUUCCAGCACUCUGCCAGGCUGAGGCAGGAAGAGUGUGUGUGAGUUUGAGCCCAACCUGGGCAAUUUAGCAAGACCUGUCUCAAAAAAUAAAAAGGGCUGGGAAUGUAGCUUAGUGUAAGAUAGAGAUUAUGUAGCGGUAAGAGGGAAUGAAAUACAUGUGCUGCAGUUUGAUGAAGCACAACAAUAUGCUAGCUGGAAGAAGAUGGUAUUCAGAUUAGGCAAAGCAGAAGCAGACAGUGGUUGUUGGGGAUGGCAGGAAAGAACAGGUGUGAACACUCACAGCACUGUUCAGGGGAGAUGAAGCUCCGAAACUGCAGAAAGCUGAUGCACGUUGUGAAAGCUCAGUACUGUGCAGCUUUUCAUGGGUGAUUGUGAAGGGAAUCUGACCUUGUCUUAAAAAAUAAUCCCAGUGAGAUGCCACUUCGCACUGCCAGGGUGUAAGUAACAUGGAAAGUGGCGAGUGUUGGCGAGGGUGUGGGAAACACAGUUGGCAGGGCUGUUUCUCAGAAAGCUAAAUAAUCUUAACCACGUGGACCAGAAGCUCUGCUGGCGGCACAAACCCGGAUGAAUGGAAGAGGCCCUCAGACAGCUGCCGGUGUGCCAGUGUUCACAGCAGUGCCACUCGCAAUGGCCAAAAGGUGGAGCCAGCUAAUGUCCAGGGACAGACGGCUGGACAAACAAUGCCAUAGAUGCCCCUCAAGUGAAACUCCAUCCUGAUAAACCCACCAUAAAUUGAAAAUGUGAUUAACAUGCAUAACCCACCAAACCUCACAGUUCAGCGGCAGUCCACUGUGGCUCAGUGAUAGCGAACCUUUUAGAGACCAAGUGCCAGACUGCUGCCCAAAACCCAAAGUGCUAACACUGCAAUUAAACCUGAAUACUGAGGUUUUGGAUUAGAAAAAAAUUCAUACAUUAACAUCUUUUGUUUUAAAAACACAAUAACAGCUUUCCAUGGUACAGCUUUUUAUUGGAAGGUAAAAGUUUGCAUUUGGCAUGCUUUUGCACAAUGAAUGUGCUCUUUGCUGUUGUGUGCGUGCUGAUACAUAACUUGUGGAAUUCUGGCUGGGGUGACUUGGCUCGUGCCCGCUGCGGCACCUGUGCCACAGGUUCGCCUCCCCUGCCUUAGAUCACCUGCUGAUUUCCCUAAAGGUCCAGAGGCCCACGGAGCUGUAGCUCACUGCUGCCACCCAGCAUCAGGAGAGAGUACUGCACCUCACGUCACUAGCCAACACAAAAGGCAAGGGGAUGGAGAUGUGUCGUGUACAUGAACCAACUCCCCACAAGGAAUAUAAACAUCAUGUACUAGACACGCUUACUAAUGAAAGGUGAAUAAAAUUCACAAUACCGUCACUAAUGCCUAUCAGUUUCAUACCCUGGUAAAGUAAAAAACUUCAGGUGAACCCUCAUGAGAAUAUAUGCAUAUAUACAUAAACAGAUUUUUUUUGGUGUUCUGAGACAGUCUUUCAUGCAGUCCAGACGCCUUGAACUGUGUAGCUCAGGUUGGCUUCAACCUCCCAGCAAUCCUCCUGCUCAGCCUCCCAAGUUAGCUGGGCUUCCAGGCAGGCACCACCACUAGCAAUACUUAGAAUGCAAAUACAAACAAACAUAAGAAACUGGCAGAGCGCGCUGGGGGUUAGCUCAGUGGUGCCGUCGCCUGCCUCACAAGCACAAGGUCCUGAGUUCGAUCCCUGGUACCAAAAAAAAAAAAUUGGCAGAGCACUUUUGCUGCUGGGCCUCCUUUGCCACGCUGUAAGGAUAAAACUGACUAACAUUCAAAAUUUUCAUCAGAAAAUCAAAUAAAUGCUGGGGAGGCUGCAGGGGAGAAAAAGAAUAUUUCUACCUUGUUGUGGGAGUGUAAACCAGUACAAUCACUAUAGAAAUCAGCAUGGAGAUUCCUCAAAACUAAAACAGCGGGGCAAGAUGUCGCACACCUGUAAUCCCAGCACUUGGGAAGCUGAGGCAGGAGGAUUGCUUGUGAGUUCGAGGCCAGCCUGGGGUACACAGUGAGUUCAAGGCCAGCCUGCACUACAAAACAAGACUGUCUCGCAAAACCAGACCAAACCCCCCAAAAACCCACUAAACAUAAAAAUUCCAUUUGAAUCAGGUAUUUCUCUUCUAGGUAUCUUCUUGAAAGAAUGAAAGUCGUCACAUUACAAGACCCAUGCAUACCCAUGUUUCUAGCAGCAUAACUCUUAAUAACUAAAUCUUAGAAAUGGCCUAUUUGCCUAUCAACAGAGUAAUAGGUUUUAAAAAAUGUAUUUACACUCAAUGGAGUACUACUCUGCCAUAAAGAAGGAUAGACUUGAGCCAUUGGUAGGUAAAUGGAUGCACCUCGAGUACAUAACGUUAAGUGAAAUAAAUCAGACACACAGCAUAGUUAAAUAUCAUGGUCUUUCUUAUAUGAGAAAUCCAAAAUAUGAAUAAAGAGCAAAACAAAAGGUAGUAGGAAGUAGGGAGAUCUUUUUCAAGCAGAGAGGGAAGAGAGGGGUAGGGGACAUAAAAAAUUAAGAUGUGUUAUGUAUGUGUACCACCUCCUCACGAUAACCAAUCAUUAGGUACUGCCAACAUGGACUAGUAACAAAUAAAAAAGAUAUUCAAUUUCACUGAUCCUAUUUAAAAUACUACUGGUGCCAGGCAUGGAAGCACAUGCCUAUAAUCCCAGCACUCGGGAGGCUGAGGCAGGAGGAUCACCACCAGUUUGAGGCUAAUCUGGAUUUCAUGGUGAAUUCAAGGCAGCCUGAACUGCAUAGUGAGGCCGUGCCUCAAAAAUAAAUAAACAUAUUAAUAAUACGUUGUUUUAGUGAAAGCAAGAACUUUGUAUUAAUAGUAAAUAAAGUGAAAUGGUUAAAAAUUAA